UGGUUGUUCAUGUUUACUUUAUCGAGGUUGAUGUCUCUCGAUCGGUUGCCUAUAUAUAUAUAUGCUUGUUUAGCAAAUCGGGAACAAGUGGUGGUGGUGGCGCUGCAUGUCGAUGGAGGGGCUGAGGGCGGAUGCGGCGGCGGCGGCGGCGCAUUACCGCGGGGUGAGGAAGAGGAAGUGGGGGAAGUGGGUGUCGGAGAUCCGGGAGCCGGGGAAGAAGACGCGGAUCUGGCUGGGGAGCUUCGAGUCGGCGGAGAUGGCGGCGGUGGCGCACGACGUGGCGGAGCUGCAUCUCAAGGGGCGCGAGGCGCAGCUCAACUUCCCCGAGUCGGCCGACCAGCUGCCGCUCCCGCGGAGCUCCGACCCCAAGGACAUCCGCUCGGCGGCGCUCGAGGCCACCGCGCGGCUGCGGUGCAGGACCGCCUGCCCGCCGCCGGCCAUGGAGAGGCUGGGAAACGACGAGCUCGGGCUGGACUCGCCCCAGAUGUGGGCGGAGCUGGCCGAGGCGUUGCUGCUGAGCCCACCGGCCUGGGGCGGCGAGGCCGACGACGGCGAGGCGGAGGACCACUGCGAGGACAACGCCUCGCUGUGGGAUCCGAUAUUCCAUUGAUUCAGGCACCCGCCACAAAUGCACGUACGUAUUUGCCAUGAACAUCUGCAGUUUUUGUCUUGCAGAGGGAGAGAAAAAAAAAAUCCUACAAAUUUGUUUCUCAUAAUUCAGCCAGCAACUGUAGUAUACGUUAAGCACGCUGUAAUUGAUGAAUGCGAUCUAACAAUUAAUAUGAAUUUAGCUAUCGAUCAUAAAAUGAUGAUUUUCUUAUAGCUAAAAAUGGGACCGUGGAUGGAACAAAGAGGCACAGCUAGCUAGCUGUUAUAUAUGGGGCAUUUACAGGGACACAAGCUUUUAAGUGAAAGAUUUCAGCAUCUCCAUUUUUGGAGGUGGAGUAGAAGAGGAUAGCGUCGAGAAGAGCUUAGUCAAGUUUGGGGAUGAA